GCGAAGUAGAAACCGAUACAAACCAGCUGCAUCGUCAGCAAGCGAUGGUUUAGGGUUUUGCCUAAACCCUUUCUAUGUUCCCAGAAUUUCCUCACUAUUCACCAUGAAACGAACGUUUUCUUCCUCUUUUCUACUUCUAUCGACUCUCCUCAAAUCCACCUCCAGACGUAAAUUUCUUCCAAGAUCCUUCUUCUCUGAUCAUUCUUCGCUGGAUCCAUCUCUUCUUUCCUAUCCAAUUUCUUCUCCAAACCUUAAACCCGGUACUGAUCAUCCGUUUACACUAAUAAAGUUUCAUUCUCGCUGUUUCCAAACCUUUCCCGACCCUAGCCCUCUCCUACCGUCUCGGCAGCGCAACAUCCAGGAGGAGUCCGACCUCGAGGAGUCCUUCGAGUCUGCAACGACUACGGAGGAGAUUCUGAAGUCCUUCCAAGCGUUCGCAGCCACGCUGGACGAGAAGGAUAAGAGGCUUGGUCUUGCUUGCUUGAAGGUUGGCCAGCAUUUGGACUCCAUUGGCACCGACGAUCAUGAGAACAUUUUAAGCUUUGGAUUGAGAGCCUUGAAGAUUCUUGAUGAUGGUGGCGAUGCGUCUGUUUCAGUUGCCAUGGCACUCCAUUUGGUUGGUUCCGCCAGUUACGAUCUGAAGCGGUUCAAUGAUAGCUUAGGGUUCUUGAAUCGGGCCAAUCGGAUUCUGGGCGUCUUAGAGAAAGAGAAUUCCGAAGAAUUUGAUGUCCGGCCGGUGAUACAUGCUGUCCAGCUGCAGCUUGCAAACACUAAAACCGCGAUGGGUAGGAGAGAGGAGGCUUUGCUUAAUCUAAAACGGUGCUUAGAGCUUAAGGAGUCCAUUUUGGAGCCGAAGAGCAGAGAAAUGGGAAUUGCCUAUAGGGAUUUAGCAGAAGCUUAUGCUGCAGUUCUGAACUUCAAAGAAGCAUUGCCACUUUGCGAGAAAGCGCUUGAGAUUCAUCUAUCUCGGCUUGGUCAAAAUUCUGUGGAGGUGGCUCAUGAUCGGCGGUUACUUGGAGUGAUAUAUACUGGAUUAGAAGACCAUGUGAAGGCAAUGGAGCAGAACCAGCUGUCAAAGAAGGUCUUAAAGAGCUGGGGGAUGAGUUCUGAUUUGAUCCUUGCUGAGAUUGAUGCUGCUAAUAUACAGAUUGCUUUGGGAAAGUAUGAUGAGGCUGUCAAGACUCUCAAAGGAGUUGCUCAGCAGACAGAAAAAGACAGUGAAAUUCGGGCAUUGGUGUUUAUCUCAAUGGCAAAGGCACUCUGCAAUCAAGAAAAGUUUGCAGAGGGAAAGAGAUGUUUGGAGAUCUCCUGUGAUAUUCUUGAGAAGAAAGAAAUGCACUUGCCUUCAAAGGUUGCAGAAGCAUACAUGGAGAUAUCAUCUCUCUAUGAGACAAUGAAUGAAUUCGCAACUGCGAUACCCUUGCUGAAGAGGAGCCUUGGAAUGAUUGAAAAACUUCCUCAGGAGCAGCAUAUGGAGGGGAAUGUCUUGGGAAAGAUUGGAUGGUUGUUUCUUUUGACUGGGAAGGUUGAGGAGGGCAUUCCAUAUUUGGAAAGUGCAGCUGAGAGGCUGAAGGAAAGCUUUGGUGCUAAGCAUUUUGCAGUUGGAUAUAUCUACAAUAAUUUGGGGGCAGCGUACAUGGAAUUGGAGCGGCCACAGGCAGCUGCACAGAUGUUUGCUAUUUCAAAAGAUAUUAUGGAUGUUUCAUUGGGACCACAUCAUGCAGAUUCUAUACAGACAUGCCAGAGUCUUGCUAAUGCCUAUAGUGCCAUGCAGAGCUACACCCUUGCCUUGGAAUUCCAACAAAAAGUUGUCGAUGCAUGGGCAAGCCAUGGUGCGGUUGCUAGAGAUGAACUUAAAGAGGCGAACCGAAUACUCGAGGACUUAAAGAAGAAAUCUUUUGGCUGGAUACCCGAUUUAAUUGUUGAGCAUGCGAAAUCAUUGGCAGAAGGGAAUGACACCGCACCUACAAAGUUUGUGUAGCAAUGAUAUGGUGGACGAGUAUACAUGACUUCGAGAGAGCCAGACAGGAGUAGCUGAGGGCUCUUUUGGUGGAUCAGUAGAAUAUUCUUGCUACCGCACUUGGUCGCAAGCGGUGGGAGGAAUGCAGCACAAUAGGGUUUAUGAUUUAGGCUCGCAAGCCUACGUAUAUGAGGGGCAGACAUCUGGUGGUUCCAGCUUCUCAGUAAUUACCCAUGAGUCGUUAUAUAACACACAAGUAGCUGGUAGCUGUCCUUCAAGCCGAGCUAUAGCAAUUCAGGAAAUCACAAGCUCACUAGCAAGUGCAAGUGCAAAUGCAACAAACUCAGUUGUUGGAUGAACUAUAGAAAAUGAGAGAGCAGUUCAAUGAAAAGCAUGUAGCUUCAGUAGAGAAGACUGAUUCUGAGUAAAUGUUGUGUUCUUAUUUUUGGACAUCUGUUGUUAUUUAUUUUGGAUAUUUGUGUAGUUAUAAAUGAACGAACUUUAAUUUUCAUUUUGAACUGCUUGGUGAAUGGUAAAUUAAUUUGGAAUGUUUAUGUUUAUAUGUUUAAGUUCAAUGUUUGGUGCUGAUUUUGGAUGUUUAUGUAGAUUUUUAAGUUUGAAUGAAUAUAGUUUUCGAGUGUUUCUAUGCAGGUUGUGUUGUAGAAAUCAUUUUUCUAACAUAGAAGGCUGUUUUUUUUUUUGCUAUAGGUUUCCGACGGAUAACCCGCUGGAAACAGGCACAACGAAAUGGUAUCGAUUUUAUGGCAAAAACCUCACACUGUAUUCCGCCAUCCGCCGACUGUUCGGCGAAAUCAUCUGGCAUUUUAUUUGUCGGAAUUUACGGCUAAAAAAAUAUGCCAGUAAUUCCGGCAAAUAAAACACCUGAAUUUAAUAUAGGAAAACGACGUAUUGGUUUCGUUUUUUUCGUUGAUACAUCAGUUGGGAAUAUUUCUAACAGAUUUUUUUCUACGAAAUAAACUUUACGACCUGCGAAUUACUGUCGAACAACUUUUCGCUGGAAAUCCAUUAGAAACGGGAUUUUACCGGUGGAUUUACAUGGAUAUCAGUGGAUUUUAUCUGCUGAUAACGAGCAAUUUUCCUGUCGUGUAAAAAGCAAUUUGCAGUGUAAAGAUUUUAGCUUUUAAUUAUUUAUAUAAUAAAUUAGAUACUGAGGAGGACGAAAAUUAUAUGUAUAAGUUAGCUAAACAAAGAGAUAUGAGUAGUAAGGAUUUAGUUCAACUGAAGUAUAUU